GCUGGGGGGCGCCGGGAGACUUAACCGGAAGUGGCAUCGGAUGCGGCGCCCCGGGAGGAAGUGCGGCGGGAGCGGCGGGGACGCGUGUCCGCCCUUCCCGGCAGCGCGGCGCGGGGCGGCAUGGAACCGGCGGCUGAGCAGCAGCAGCAGCUGCGCAGCCUGCGGGACUUUCUGCUAGUGUACAACCGCAUGACCGAGCUCUGCUUCCGCCGCUGCGUCUCCGACCUCGGCUACCGGCUGCUGUCGAGGCGCGAGAGUUGGAGUCUUUGCAAAGCACCUGAGGAACAUGAGGACUUCUGCACACGUGGAAGUGAAACCUGCCAUGGGAGGCAACUGCACACAUGGGGAGCAGUUACUGCAUGUGUCAGGGUGCAAGAGCUCAGCAAAGAAAACAAUCAUUGGUUGGGGCUGAGCACAAGACUGGAAACACCACCUGGAGGGAGGCAGGCAUGGCACGGCCCCCGCCCAGCACCACCGUGUUUCUGUGACCGUUCUGCAGCACACAGCCUGAACCCUCGGAACGUUUCAGCCUCUGAGCUGUAUAAACUUGUUUCCAUGACCCUACUCCAGGGCUCCCGUGAGGUCCAACAAAACCAUUUUCCCUCUUCCCCCCUUCCUAUCAACAUCUCCUGCCCCCAUCCCGUACCGGUGCCCAUGGAUCCCAUCAGCCCACAGCGUGGAGGCCGCAGGAGCGUGGCUGUGCCUGGCGUGGAAGCACGUGGCCAUUCCUGCCCUCUGAAAUGGGGCUGAGGGGAGCGGUGAGGCAGCAUCCCAGAGCAGAGCCCGGCAGGUUCCCACUGUCAUGUCCUGAUCCAGAUGCCGCAGCACAGCGCACGGCCUUUCCUUGGAAGCCGCCCCACUGCACGGCACACCGGGGAAGGCAGCGUGGGAGAGGAGAUGCUGGCUUUCUGCUGGUCAGAAAAGAGAUCAGAGGUCAGGAGAUAAAAGAAGUGGAGAAUAACCAGAGCACUGCUGCAGUCUCUGCCCUGAAGGAGGCCCAGAACGGCAGCAAGUGGGGCACCCAGAGCAGACGGAAGGUGCGCACUUCAAUCCUGCACCAAGUCCCCUUUGUGCCCACAGCUGCAUGUGCAGCACGUGCCCCGGUGGUCCGCCUCGGAGCACAGCUCUAACAAAAUAGCAUUGUGCAGUGCAAGUUACUUGAUACUGAUUUCAAAGAAGAGUCGCAUUCCAGCAAGUGCUUAACAGCCCUCUACAGCUCCUAUUCCUCCUCACUUGCCAAGAAUCUGAAGUUUCACAAUCGUAGAAGCUGAAAAAAUCUCCUAAGUUUCUUCAGCCUGGAAAUGCUCUUCCCUUAAGCGUAAUGAAGGCUGUGUGCAGCUGUCCAAACUCAUCUCUUGCAAUAGUGACUGUAGCUGCUGCUGGCUGCCCCCCUGUACCAGCAGCAGCCGCAGUGCAGGCGGCAUCCCUCAGAAUGGUGCUUUCUCUGCAGCACCUUUGGUGCCGAAACCCAUGGGCUGUGGCAUUCCAGGCACUGCAGGGAUGACCCAGAAUCACAGAACAUCCCCAGAUGGGAGCCGAGAUCCUUGCUCUGCCCAGCAGAGUUCAGUUGCCACCUGGAAAUGAAACCACAUUUACUCAGGAUGAUCCCAGCACCUCCUGGUGAGCCCUGCACUUGGAUGGAGCCUUGCCAUCUGCAGAACCCCAAGGGCUGGACGGUGCCCGGAGCCUUGCUGUGUGCUGUGCGGCUCCAGGCUCCGUUCCAGGUCACGGCCAUGUGGAUCUGGGCUGCGCUGGACCUGGCUCUGAUGCGCUGCUCUGCAGUGGGGCCCAGCCACGAGCACUGCUCUUCUGCCCCUGCCCUUCGCCCUGCCCGGUGCCACCAAUUUCACACCGCUUCUGGGGGCAGUGCCUUCAAGAGACGCGUGCACCGGCUGCUGCAUUCAUGAAGGCGUUUCUCCAUCGGGAUGGAAGCGCACAGACGCAGACACCUGCCCAGAGCAUCACUUCCCAGUUCCACGGCUCACUCCUGUGGACAAUCAGGGACGGCCGAAGAGCAUUCCUAACAGCAUUCAUAUAAAGCAAAAAGGAUUUGGAGGCACUGCAGGGCUCUGUGACAAACUGCAACAUCCUCCAUCAAGAACAAAGUCACAGUGCAGCAGUCCUGCUCCCCACUCAGCUUCCAAGAAGACAGCUCAUGUUCAGGAAGAGUGCAAGGAUUCUUCUCUUGAACUCUGUUCCUUCACCACUGACCUUUGGCAGUUGUCUCUGAACAGUUUGGAAUAACAGCCCCGGUGAUUUAUGUUAUUUGGGCAAAAUGAUUUAUUCUAAAGGCAAGCAGGCAGCUUUGUUUGGCUGUCACUGCCAAUUCGCUUCUGGCAACGAGCUGGGCGAGGGCAGCGUGCAGCCGUGACAGCUUGUGCACUGCAGCUUGCUCAGUGCUGGAGAGCUUUGCAGCUGCGUAGUGCAGCAGGAGCAGACAGGGACAGCCCCUGCAUGGCCGGUGGUAAUUGCUCAGGUGACUGAACCUGUGAUCAACCCGGUGGUUCCACAUCUCCCCCUGGUGCGUGGCCCUGCUGCUUUCUUGGCUCUCUGCUGGUCCUUUUUGUUCUGCAGAUCACGGCGCGUCUCAGCCACCCACGGUUUUAGCUCAGCCCCUCCUGCAGGAGCUGCUCACGCCUCUUGCUCUGGAUCACCACGUGUUCCCAGGCAGUGCCUCUGCCUGCACCAGGCCCCGCAGGAUGCUGCAGCCCUGCUCUGCACCACGCACACUCCGCUGUUGCACGAGGCAUUGCUGGCAGCCCAAGCCCUACAGGGCCCACGCGUCCCUGGGAGAUGCCUGGAGGAAGCAGCGCUGCACUGUCCCAGCCUUUCUGCUCGUGAGGUUAGCUCCUUACAGGGGUCAGAUUAUGGAUGGAGACACAGCAGCACAGAGCCCGGCUCAGCCAUGCGCAGACGCUGCACUCCAGCUCCUGCCUGAAUCCCAGCACCUCCUUGCCCCUCACAGAACAAGCGCUCACCUGGAGAAGUUGGGUGGCAUGUACCUGGGGAAAGGCUAGGCCGGGAAAACAUGCACCUGCCUCACACAGACAGAGCUUUGCAGCAGAGAGCACAAACCAUUCGUCCACUGGAGGAGGACAGGAGAUGGGGCUGUUCCGGCACUGCUCCUCCAGGCGUACCCAAGGACAAGGCAACUUCGGGGGUCCAGAUGUGUACCUAGCAGCCCCCAGCUCAGCAGCCACCCUCCUGCAGGGCUCGCAGGAUGUGCUGCUGGCAGCCCUGAGCCACGCCAUGAGCCCCCAGCUCCUGCGCAGCCAUCACCGCUGGCCGCCCACCAUCCAUAUUUACAGCAAGUAGGGGCCAGCACUGGUACCAGGGCUGCAGAGGAACAGACAGGAGACAUCUCCCACAAAGGACGACCCAGGCCCUGACCCUAGAAUCAGCUCCUGUUGGAAGCGUGGAUGCUCCCUGGCUCUGCACCAAACAGAGGACACAGCUGCGUGCAGCACUUCCUGGAGCAGGGGCAGCAUCUGCCCUGCCAUCUCGCAGCAAGGAUGCCUGCCUUAGCCACAGCUGAACUGCAGCAGCAGGGUCCAAGGAAGCAGCUGGAAACGUGGCAGUCACCGUGCUGCUGCAUGCAGGGUGGGUGCUGCAGCAGGACCUCCUACACCACAUCUGCCCUCUGCCUCCUGGCACCCUGCCCCGUGCAGGCCUGGUGUCUCAGCAGAGCUGGGUCAGCCCCAGCCCAGCGCUCCAGCACGGCUGUUUGCACAGCAGCAGUCCUGCUGUGCACCAGGGUGGGGCUGCGCUCACUGCAAGGUGCCUCCAGCUGGCUGCAUCCCUUACUCACCCACUGCAGGGCUCCCAUCCUGCCUGCUUCCUUUCUCUGGUCCACAGCAGUGCUGAAAGAAAGAACCCCAUCUGCCCCCAGCACUGCUCCCUCUCUGUGCUAAGGCCUCAUCUUCCCAGGACGUGGCUGGGUAAGCAGCAGGCUGCGCUGCAUGCAGUGCUGCCCUGCACAGUCUCCCCAGUACUGUGUGCUCAGUGCAGUCAGCCAGCCACUGUACACCUCAUACAGAAGCUGGAGUCCACAGACUACAGGAAGCACUCCGUGCAGAGGGUGCUCCCCUGGCCAAGAGCACACGCUGGGGGAGAGGCAGGAGAGUCCACAGCCCCUGCUCCUCUCUUGGAACCCAGCAGAGGGGC